ACGAGCCUGCGGUCACCCCCGGCAAGGUAGCAGCGCCCGCGGCCCCGCGGAGCCCGCCCCUCGCGGGGGAACCCACCCUCCGGACCUCGCCGGCGGCCCUGCGCCUCGGAGCGGGAGCGCAGCAGCGCUUUUGAAGGUCCCAUCAGGUCAGGAUGGGAAACCACGCCGGCAAGCGAGAGUCAACUGCUGACAAGGCCAGUAAGGAUGGUGAGACUAACAGACGAGAAGCUGAGAAAAAGAGAAACCACGGUGAGCUUUCUCAGACAGCCUCGGAAGACAGUGACGUCUUUGGGGAGGCAGAUGCCAUCCAGAACAAUGGGACCUCGGCUGAGGACACAACGGUGACAGACUCCAAGUGCACAGUGGACCCAAAGAAUGCCUGGCAGGGAGCCCACCCAGCUGACCCGAGGAGCCGCCCCCACUUGAUCCGCCUCUUUUCCCGAGAUGCCCCGGGGCGGGAGGACAACACCUUCAAAGACAGGCCCUCCGAGUCGGACGAGCUGCAGACCAUCCAAGAAGACACCGUAGCAGCUUCUGAAGGCCUGGAUACGAUGGCAUCACAAAAGAGACCCUCCCAGAGGCACGGAUCCAAGUACCUGGCCACAGCAAGUACCAUGGACCAUGCCAGGCAUGGCUUCCUCCCAAGGCACAGAGACACGGGCAUCCUUGACUCCAUCGGGCGCUUCUUUAGCGGUGACAAGGGUGCACCCAAGCGGGGCUCCGGCAAGGUACCCUGGCUAAAGCAGAGCCGGAGCCCUCUGCCCUCUUAUGCCCGCAACCAGCCUGGGCUUUGCAACAUGUACAAGGACCACGCAACAAGAACUCACUACGGCUCCCUGCCCCAGAAAUCGCAACGUGGGGCCCAAGAGGAAAACCCUGUAGUCCACUUCUUCAAGAACAUCGUGACACCUCGCACACCACCUCCAUCUCAAGCAAAGGGGAAAGGCCUGUCUCUCAGCAGAUUUAGCUGGGGGGCCGAGGGGCAGAAGCCAGGAUUUGGCUAUGGAGGCAGAGCUUGCGACUAUAAAUCGGCUCACAAGGGAUUCAAGGGGGCCCACGACGCCCAGGGCACGCUUUCCAAAAUCUUUAAGCUGGGAGGAAGAGACAGCCGUUCCGGAUCUCCCAUGGCGAGACGCUGAAGCCCUCUGGGCUUAGACCUUCCCAAAUCCUGCCCUCUGCUUCUUAAUUAUCACCUGCCUUAAACUUUAAUUCCCUUUGCACCAACUAGCUAGUCCGAGCCGACGUCCCCUCCUAACCUGGUGGAGCUGUGCACGCUUUGGGGCCGGGCCCACAGCGCCUUGACUGGCAGCCGAGGGUCUUCCAGGCCCUGCACCGUUCCCCGUGCACCUUGGCCCACUCCUCGGAUCCAGGUGCACGGACACCCCUCCCAGCCCAUCCCCACUCCGGCCCCGGCCUUCCCUUUCACCGUGAGGGGCGCCCCUCGAGCUGCCGCGGGCACUGCGGACAGACAGGCAGACCACCGCGGAGCACGCGGCGUGGGAGACUGUGUGAUCCGGCAACCUUCCUUGGUUUUCUUCCCCCUAAAGAGCUUUGUUCUUCCUAGCAGGAUCAGGCAGUCUGGGAGUGGCUUAUGCACUGUGGGCUUGUGGUACGUGAGCGCAGGCUGGGCAGCUGUGAGAGUCCAGAGUGGGGUGAGCCCAGGGGCGCCUCCAGGCCGGCUGCUCCCUGCACCCCACCAGCUGAUUUGGAGCGUGACAGAGGGAGGGAAAGGGGCGAACGGGCUGGGCAGUGGCCCCAACGGGAGACGGGGACUUCAGGAAGCAAGACGUCGUGCGUGGCCAUCAAACGUCACCAUCGCUCCUUGGUGGCCCCCAGAGCAGCUGCCAUCAAGGACCCCGUUUCCUCGCAGAGCCCAGGGAGAGUCCAGGGACGUGGUGCAUCUCAGUGGGACUGCAGGAGUGCUCUGGUGGCCUCGCCGGGUCACUCUGGCCACCUGUCCCGUCCGGGGGAGGCCAGCGGCAGCUCUCCCGCCCCCACCUCCCCGGGGCGGUGCUCAUCGGCACCAGCUAACCUCGAUGACAAGAUAACCUCCCCUCU